AUGUCGGACGUCACUUGCCUCGAGUAUCUCGGAAUACUCCUAAUCAGCGCGCUCGUCUUCAUAACUACCCUCCUCAUCUGCGCCGAGCUCAUCGACACCUUCACCGAAACCUCAUGCCCCUCCAUCCCCUGCCGCCAGCGCGCCCAGAACCUGCACCGCCUUCUAGCAAGCCUGCGCGUCUUCCCGGACUCGAAUCCCGGCAUGGGGGACAGGGCCCUCCGCUUCAUCACCGACGCCGCGCUGCCGCAGGGAAUAGCACUCCUCGCCCUCUCCGCCCGAGCAACCUACCUGGCUGCGAGGCACGAGGUGCCGAGUCGGUGGUUCUGCUACCUGCUCGGGAUACUGACUGGGUGUGUUGUGUUUGAGUGGGCUUUGCUGGUGGGUGACCACAGGGCGCGGGCUCGUAGAGAGAGGGCGGUGGCAGCGGCGGAUGCUGGGAAAGUUGAAAGUGUGAAUGGAAAGGUGGUAGAUGAGAGGGCGCGGACUCAUAAGGCGAGGGCGGCGGCAGCGGUGAAUGGGCCGUAUGAGCAAUGCUUGUACCCUAGCGUCGAUUUUAGGGGGGUUAAUGCGCCCGCAUAUAAGACCGAAUUUUUCGGGCAGCCAGUAUUGCAGCGUUGUUGA